AACACGGAAGUGUAUGUAUGUGUGUGUGUGUGUGUGUGUAAUAUGGUGAUCGGUCACAGGCAGUCAGGUGACAGCGUGAAUCAGAGCCUGUAGCCGGAUGAUUUAGGCAGGAGCGGCGGAGCGCUGUGGCGUUAGCGGCGAGCAGAAGGAGAGAUGCGGACUGCUAAGCGGUGUCAUGGCGAUCGUCGGUUCAUUGCUGAAGCUGCUGCAGCGGCAGACCUACACCUGUCUGUCCCACCGCUACGGGCUGUACCUGUGCUUCGGCGGGCUCGUGCUCAUGAUCGUGUCCGCCUUCCAGUUCGGAGAGGUGGUUCUGGAGUGGAGUCGGGAUCAGUACCAUGUCCUGUUUGACUCCUACAGAGACAACGUGGCUGGUAAAUCCUUCCAGACAAGGCUGUGUUUGCCCAUGCCUAUAGACGUGGUGUACACUUGGGUGAACGGUACUGAUGCUGAUCUACUGAAGGAUCUUCACACAGUGAAACAGCAGCUGGAAGAGGAGCAGAGAAAGAUAAGAGAGAAGCUGGGGCAGAAUGCUAGCGACGCUACUGAGGGACCCAGAGGAAGGCCCGAGUGCCUGCUGUCGCACUGCAUUGUGGGUCCGGCUCUCGUGUUAGACCCGGCGUUGUCAUCUAACAUCACCCUGAAGGAGCUGUUGUCUAAAUCGGGUGCUUUGUCCUCCACAAAGCAGCUCCUGCACCUUGCAAAACCUCUACAGCCGUCCAGCAGCGUGUCUGUGCUUCUGUUCCACUCCCAGAGUGACGCGGAUAAAGCUCACUCACAUGCACCGAAGGAUUUCCCACAACACUCCGUCUCCAGAGCUUACCUGACGACAGAUCAAGAGGCUCCAGGUCUAGUGAGGAUUCAGACGCUGGCCUUCCUGAGUGGCUUCUCGUCCUCCUUCAAAGACCUCGAGCAGCUGAGGGUCAAACUGCCAUCUGUGUUGAUGAGUAAAAUCAAGCAGCUUCAGCUCUACUCUGAGGCCAGCAUUGCUCUUCUGCACCUCAACACAGCUCAGGACUUCACAGACCUCCAGCAACAGGCCAAGAAGAACCUGACCAUGGAUGGCAAACAGCUCACCAUCAGUCCCACAUUCCUCUUCUGGGACCUCAGUGCUGUCUCGCAGUCGAAGCAGGACGAGGAUGUGUCAGCCAGCCGAUUUGAGGACAACGAAGAGCUGCGAUAUUCGCUACGCUCGGUGGAGAGACACGCCCCUUGGGUUCGACAUAUCUUUAUUGUGACCAAUGGGCAGAUUCCUUCCUGGCUAAAUCUGGACAACCCCCGUGUUACUGUGGUUACACAUGAGGAUAUCUUCCAAAACCAGUCCCAUUUGCCAACCUUUAGCUCUCCAGCCAUUGAAACACACAUCCAUCGUAUUCCAGGCCUUUCUCAGAAGUUUAUCUACCUCAAUGAUGAUGUGCUUUUUGGCAAGGAUGUGUGGCCAGAUGACUUCUACAGUCACUCAAAGGGCCAGAAGGUGUACCUGACCUGGCCUGUACCUAACUGUGCGGAGGGCUGCCCAGGCUCCUGGAUCAAAGAUGGCUAUUGCGACAAGGCCUGCAAUAAUUCUGCCUGUGACUGGGAUGGUGGAGAUUGUCUGCGCGCAGCAGGCAACAAUCGAUUUGGAGGUGGUGGUCCUGGGGGAGCGGCAGGAGGAGCUGGACAGCCGUGGCAGUUUGCUGGUGGUUUAGGAGGACUAGGGGGUGUGUCUUUCUGCAACCAAGGCUGUGCCAACUCCUGGUUGGCUGAUAAGUUCUGUGACCAGGCGUGCAAUGUGCUGUCCUGUGGCUUUGACGUAGGAGACUGCGGAACAAAUCACUUCAGUCAGCUGCAUCGUAUUGUUCUGCAGAAGAAUCAGACGCUGUACACGCUGCCUCAAGGUGAGAUCCGUCCAUACUUCAGCUUUUCAUCUCUGGCUAAUCGCAUCUCAGAGGCACAUGUCAGUGACAACCCUGUGGUGCGUCACACAUCUGUCGCCAACAAGUGGAAAACCAUUCACCUGCUCCUGCUGGAGGGCUACAACUCCACCCAAAUCCACUACAAUCUCACCUUUCAGGGUGACCAUGAGUUCACCAUGAGCUUCACUGUAGCAGUGGACACACGCAAGCUUCCCAAACUUAAUACAUCUGAAACAGUUCAGGAGGAUAAAAAUAACAAGCCCAAGCCCACUAGGGCAAACCUCGAACCAGAGUUUGUCUUCUCAGACAUCCCAGUCGAGAAACAGGGGCCCCGAGUGCAAAAAAGGCCCCCUGUAGGCUUGGAGGUGGUUAUAGAGGUGCCUGCUCUGAACACGUCUCACUUACCUGCGGAAUUGAAGUUCGAGUUGAAGAACCUGGAUGAACAGCUUCAACAAGGCGACAUCACUGAGAAAGGCUACAAUCUGACCAAAGCCAAAUUACUGAAGUCUUUCCAGAGAAUCUGGGCUUCUAAGCUUCAGGGAAACAAUGGAGCAGUUCAAGAACAGAAAGCAGCAGUGAAAUCAGACACCAACCUGAAUCAGAAGAACAAAAAUAAACAAGAAGCCGAAGAUUCUCUCAUCCCAGUUAAGAUCGACAACGUGUCUCUCAAAGAGCAGCCUCGAGCCAGGGGCACGGAGAAAACUCCUACCUCCAGCCUGCUUGGAUCACUGGUAGGGAACAAGGCCAAGCAGCAGCCUCACCCUGGAGACCAGGAAGACGAUAAACAACAUGUGGGACGUAAACUACAACAUUUCCCAGGGAUGGAGUGGAGCUUCCUGCCAUGGGAAAAGAGCAGAUAUUUUGAGGAUCUUCUCAAGGAAGGCGAGCAGCUGGAGCGAGAGCUGCAGUAUAAAACCGAUGGCGCGGCAGCUAGACGGAGAUUACAGGACACGUUUGCCGACUCUCUUCGCCACGUUAACAAGCUACUGAACGGCAAAUUCGGCUUCACGUCUCGCAAAGUGCCUGCACACAUGCCACACAUGAUCGACCGCCUCAUAAUGCAGGAGCUGCAGGACACCUUCCCCGAAGAGUUCGAUAAGACCUCAGCCCAUCGUGUGCGCCACUCGGAGGACAUGCAGUUUGCCUUCUCUUAUUUCUAUUAUCUGAUGAGCGCACUGCUGCAGCUCAAUGUGUCUCAGGUCUUUGACGAGAUCGACACGGAUCACUCGGGGGUGCUGUCUGACCGUGAAAUCCGCACGCUCGCAACUCGCAUCCACGAGCUCCCGCUCAGCCUGCAGGACCUUACUGGUUUGGAGCAGAUGUUGAUAAACUGCUCAAAGACUCUGCCUAAUAAUCAGACCCAGCUCCACACGGUUAACCCCACCCAGGAGGCCUACUACGACCCCAGCAUGCCUCCAGUUACUAAAGGUCUGGUGAUGCACUGCAAGCCCAUUGCAGAGAAGAUUCAGAAAGCCUACAAGGACCAGAACAAGUACAAGUUCGAGAUCAUGGGAGAGGAGGAGAUUGCUUUUAAAAUGGUACGGACCAAUGUGUCACAUGUGGUAGGCCAACUGGAUGACAUCAGGAAAAACCCAAGGAAGUUCAUCUGCUUGAAUGACAACAUAGACCACAGCCAUAAAGAUGCCAGCACUGUGAAAGCCGUGCUGAGGGACUUCUACGAGUCCAUGUUCCCGCUGCCUUCGCAGUUUGAGCUGCCGCGCGAGUACCGCAACCGCUUCCUCCACAUGGCAGAGCUGCAGGAGUGGCGAAUCUAUCGCAAUAAGCUGAAGUUCUGGACUCACUGCGUUCUGGUCACGCUGGUCGUUUUCACCAUCCUGUCCUUCUUUGCAGAACAGCUGAUCGUGCUGAAGCGAUGGCUCUUCCCCAGACGCCGAGUCAGCAAGGAGACCGAGCGUGUGUGAGGCCGAGAGGGCAUGUUCCCGUUUCCUUUCUGUGAGAGAGUGAAGUCCUGUAGGGUUAUGGACUGAAACCGUGCUGGAUUCCUUGUUUUUUUUUUCCCCGCUGGAGGAAGAAAUAUCUUGCCAAAAUUUAACAGGAGGAACUGAAUGACUGACUGAGUCUGACGAUUGCAUGCUUCCUCCAGGUGAAUGUGGAAAACCAGACGAGACGACACACGUGUGUGUGUGUGUGUGUGUGUGUGUGUGUGGAAAUGACCUCAGACACUCCCUUUUGUGCGAAUACUGUCUCAAACUCAGUGCAAGACUGUGGACAUCUUUAAACUCGCGCUGCAUUUUGUUUGUUUGUUUGGAUCAAUGUUUAGGUGAUUUUUUUUUUUAAACUCAAAAACGGUCAUUCUUCAUCUCCUCACCCUGCAUACCAGUGCCUUUUAUCUUCCCUCCUUCUACUGUAAGUGAGAACUGAAUUUGAGAGAUUAUCUCUCAUCGUUGCAUCGUCAGUCUUAUUUUUUUUUUUAAAUUGCUGCAGUCUUCUGCAUUCCUCUUGGACCCUCGUUGUUUUCAGAGUCCUGGGCUACGUUCACAUGGCCACAUCUGCUCUUUUCUGGUCUCUGUAGCACAUCGUCUCAGAUGUUAAGCGAGUUCAACCAGUUACAGCAAGAAAAUCUCUGGUUCCUACAAAUUCAUCAUGUGCAACAUGUGAGACGUGAUUAAAACUCCUUCACCGUUCACAACUUCAACUCCAAACAGUCCUCUUAUUAGCCUCUUAUUGUUUUUUUUUUUAAAUUAUAAUUUUUUAAAAAUUGAAAAAUUGUGUUAAAUGGUUGGAAUGUGAAGUGAUUUAUUUUUCUCCAUUUCAACUGUUUAUUAUUUUAAAAAAUAAAUUUCUUGUGUUUAGUAAUAAAAUGUGUUUAAAAACUACAUGCAGUGAAUACACAGGAUCUACAUCCACCAUCAACACGGCCUCUGUUCGUGCAUGGACUCUAGAUUCAAAUUAGCAGAAGGGUGCAUUUGAGAAAUGUUCAGGUCACAAGGAUUUUUAUUUUUAUUUUUGGGCGGAAUGAAAUGAAACCUUUUUUUUGAUGGAUAUUUUUAGGACAGUGUUAAACAUUUGGUCCAGAGAGUCGUUUCAGAGCAGCAUGAUCAGACGCUGACGCCGUGAUCAGACACCUUCUACCGUAUCAAAUCGCUGAAGUGAUGUGUGUUGUGUCCAUUUUCGUCUGAGCUUCUGAAGAAACGGAAAAAAAAAACUGUUCACAAGUGUGUAUAAAAGUACCAAGUUGUUCGGCAAAUGCAGACUGCAAAAAUGCCAGAUGUGUUUUUUUAUUAAUUAAAUUUCCUUGCAUUCAGUAAUAAAAUUACACAAUAUUUUAAAAACUAUGUGCAGUGAGUACAGAGGAUCUACAGACCAUCAUCAUCAACACUUCUUCAAUUCAUGCAUGGACUCUAUAUCUAAAUUAGCAAAGCGAUACAUUUGGAAAAAGUUCAGGCCUUAAAGUUGAGUUUUCUGUACCUUUUUUUUGUUGUAUGUUUUCAAAGCAAAUUUCUGUGGGACAAAAUAAAACUGAAAAAUGAAAAUGAAAAAUCUGGCUAUUUUUAA